AUGAUCGAAAUUGAAGAGGAGAUAAUCCAUACAGUAGAAGAGAUAGAUACCACGUUUUCCUCUAUCAAUAGAACACUGAAAAACAUCAGGGAGUUUGUCGAAAGAAUAGGCAGGGAUAGGCGUAAGAUCGGCAAGGACCUAGAGCCAUGGAUGAAGUUUUUUUCUGUCGAGUCUGAGGACAGUAUAGAAAGUGAAGUGCCGUACUCUGAGGCCGGCCAAGAGAUAGGAGAAGACCCGAGUUUUCAAAACAUAUGUGUUACAGAGGGAAGUCCCGAGUCAAUGAAGUUUUCGUCCCCAAGAAAUCCAUUUGUUGAUAGCACAUCAUCGGAGAUGCUGAAUAAGACGUUUCUGGGAGACCUUUCCGCAAGGUUUCAUACCAGUAAUGUUGAAAACGAAUCCUCAAGCUUUGUUAGGAUAGCAGAGGAAAGAGCCUUCAAGCCCUAUGAAGAGUCGGAGUCCUCUGAAGAUAUACUUCCAUUCAACCCAGACAUGCUUCCCCCCCUGUUUCGAAAUGAAAAAGGCCUAUUUCUGGUAUAUGAAGCUAUUUCCCGAGGGUCCAAUGUCACGAUAGAGGAAAUCUACAAAGAGGUUUCUGGAGUAUCGAGGGAGAAGAUAAGUAUAUUUGUUGACCUUCUAUUGCGAAAGAGGUUCAUAGCUAAAGAGGGAGACACAUUCAGGACAGGGUAG